AGGGAUCUUGAACAAUCUGCCUCCAUUCUUCUCUAUUAUUCAUCUUUCCUCCCCAUUCUUUCACUUUCAUUUUACAGAGAUCAUCAUGUACAACCUCCAACAAUCUCAGCUCCUUCGUUGAUGUCAAUUUCUGUUCAGUCCUGCAUCCGAGGCUGCUUGUCUGGUUUCUGAACAAUUUAUUUUUUAGCGUGUGAGGUUGUUAGCUUCACGCCCAACCCCCAACCUGGAGGAUCAGGGUAUCCCUCUUCAUCUGGCUCUUGGUCUUUGACCUGUCUGGCAUGUGUGACCCUACCACUAGCUAUGCUACCGCUGGCAUAGCUCUCAGGAUUUCAGAAGCACUCAAAACUCCACCACCACAAUAAGAUGAAGACACCAUCGGUGGGAAUGACCAUUUUCUACAUGACCAGAAAUCAUUUUCUUAUCCCUUUUGGGCCCAAGUCGUCAGGAAUACCUACAUAUUAGGGAUUUGUUGAAAGUUAAAAAUAUGGAAUUAAGUCUUCUUGUGCUAUCAACUGUGUAAAAAUAAGAGUCCAGUGUUUCAGGGACUGAUGCUACUGCACAUUGUAUUUAUACCCUCAGUGUGCUCUUGGCUGUCCCGGCACCGGCUACUGUGGUUACAGUGAGCAGAUUCAUUCAAUGAUUGCCAGAGAAAGUUUUGGCUGUGACCAUUUUCAUGGAAGCUUAAAGCCAUAAAAUAUAUCUCAGAACGUCUGCGUAGGAGGUCCAUAGCUUUGUUGCAUGCAGCAUCAGCCGGGGUUCGCAGCUAACAUUGAUCGCCAGCUGGGGGCCCUGCGCAUUGUCUGCUCUGUGCGGCUCUACUCCACAGACGGAUAUGGGACGUCAAGACAAGCGGGCGGCCGUUCAGCUACCUGUUUUCCUAUCCUCCUUGACACGACUGGGACGCCCCCUUUGACUUGCACGGCUUAACUGGACAAUGUCGUCACGCUCAAAGGAGAAGAUGGCAGCUGCAUUCCGCAAACUUUUCCUAUCAUCCCAGAAGAUUGGGGACCCAGAAGGAGCUGUUGGAGGACAAGGAUGUUCCAGCAACACUGGAUCCCCAGCCAGAAGACUACUAGUUCGUCAUGGUUACCACAGAGAUGCUGUCACACCAGCAGAGAGGAGCCCAGGACUAGAUGGGCCUUCUUCAGGUUCUGGAAGUUGUAAAUAUGUUACAGAUCUCUUCAGAUCUAAGAAGACAGGAUCAGGAAGCUCAGAUAAACAGUCUUUGCUAAGUGGAAGCAAUGGGGGGUUAGAGAGGACAGUCCGUUCUCGUAGGCUAAUGAAGGAGCUUCGAGAGAUACAGAGGAUACAGCAACAGUAUCACCAUGACCCUGUUUUCACAGUGGAGCUAGUCAAUGAUAAUUUAUUUGAAUGGCAUGUACGUCUCUAUAGAAUUGACUCGGAGAGUAAACUUGCAAGUGAUAUGAAAGAUAUGGGCAUCCCAUAUAUACUCUUGCACCUCAUGUUCCCAGACAAUUUUCCUUUUGCUCCUCCCUUUAUGCGUGUGAUAUCUCCCCGCAUUGAGAAGGGCUUUGUCAUGGAGGGUGGAGCAAUCUGCAUGGAACUUCUGACACCUAGAGGAUGGGCCAGUGCGUACACAGUUGAAGCAAUCAUCAUGCAGUUUGCUGCCAGCAUUGUGAAAGGGCAGGGACGCAUAGCUAAAAAGCAUAAAGGAAGCAAGGAUUUCAAUCGGCGUUCAGCAGAAGAAUCUUUCCGUAGCCUGGUAAAAACUCACGAGAAAUAUGGUUGGGUCACACCACCUCUUGCAGAUGGCUAACCAUAUCUCAGUCAUAUCACCAGUGUUUUCAAAGUGUACAAUAUUUGUGACAUUUGGACAUUCUGCUCGACAUCUGCUCCCACCAAACUGUGUGCUGUAUUCAGUCUCUCAGUGGUAAUAAUGUAUUACAUAUUAUUAUGUGCCAACAAUACUUACUGACAGUGACUAAACUUCUCCGUGAAUGUAGAGAAAAAUUAAGUGUGGAUACUUUAUGCAAUAUUGACAUAAGAAAAAGAUAAAUAAAAAAGGGAAGAUUGUUGGAGGGUUUGAUGUAAAAGCAAGUGUUUUUGUGAAAACGAAUUAAAUUCUUAGGUUCAGUGCAAUGUUAUCAAAGAUGAGUCCAUUUCGCACAUUUGUAAAUGCUGUACAGUGAAAAAUUUAACUUGUCAACUACCUACAUUCCAAAAUGUAUUAAUUUUUGUUUAUAUUACAAAGUAGAACUCAGACAAUAUAGGGGGUCAUUUUGUUAAUCUUCAUCAAACAUCAUAUUUCAUACACAGGGAAACUGGGUUUGAAUUUCUGCUGAUGAUCCUUGCUGAAGUUCUUUCAUGGAUUUCCUUGUCCAUCCAAGAAAAUUCCAGUAUAAUACCUUCUAAUAAGUAUCAAUUACUUAUCUUCAUAUCACUGCACAGCUCAUCAGUCGUACAAGGGCUUAAAAUGGUGGUUGACAUGUAUAGAUGCCAUCUACUUAGUUCAGAAUGUUUAACUUCAAGGAAUCUGUUUCACAUGCCCUAAGAUGUCACAACUGUACAACUGUAUAACAAUGAUAUAAGUAGAAAGAAACUCACAAGCCUGCAUUGUAAUAAUUUCCUUUUAAUAUGUCUUGGUAAUUUCUCUGGGUCUUUCUACUGAUCUGGAGCAUCUACCUAGUUCUGAAAAAUCAUUUCCAUCCUUGAUUCCCUCUCAUUUUUCCAUUUGACUCUGGAUAGUGUAUACAGUUGAAAAAGUAUUCACAAGAUGUAAUGAUCAAGCAGGUAGCAUUCAGACUUCAUAUCUGGAGGCAUUCCACAUUCAAACAUCAGCCUGUAGACCAGCUACCCUGACAGAGGAUUUUUAUAGCUUUAUUCAGUCCCUACAGGGAAAUUCCAAGAAAGCACAUCAAAUUGCACAAUGAUUGCUUCUUUCCACAUUCUUUGUAAUUCAUUGUUCACUGCUCAUCAUAUCAUUGGAUGCUUUAUAGCCAGAGCUAUUGGCAGCAUUGUUAAAUAAAUUGUACAAAAUGAACUGUUAACAAAACCAAGGGUGAGGCAGCUGCCUGUCUUGUUCAGUGAACUAACUCAGUGUACAGACUCUUCUUUGAAAAGCUAAAAUUUAUUACGCUGAUGAAGUAAAUCACUGUUAUUGAAUCCAGAUAACCAUGACUGUAUUCACAAAUGCCUGCCAUUACAUUCUGUCCUAAAUAUGUUUAUAUGUUUCUUGCAAAAGCUGUCUCAGUAUCAUAUUCUCAUCUAUCCUGAGAUUUCCUAACUGAUUUCCCUUCAGAACUGAAAACCUAAAUUUGCUAUCAUUUCUUCUUUUUUUGCAUGUAUAUAUCUUUUCAUUUCACCCUCUUCAGUUUAGUCGCCCAUUAAUAUAAAGUAAAAAAAAAAAGUAAAGCUAUCCCUGUAAAAGGCCAUGUUGGCCUAUAGGGUUGU